UUGAACGUAGGUGCUGCUAGGAUAGAGCUAAGAAAUGUAAUGCAGUAAAUAGAAACAAAUAGUUGCGACUUUUCUAAAUAUUAGUGUCGUACAAACACGAACCGAUGCUAAAGGGAAAACUCACUCGUGUAACGUUAUAUCUUGUUAGGUGAAGAACUGUCAGAAACAGGUAGCGUAGCAAGUCGGCUUUAUUUACAGUUAGCUUAAAAGCCUCACAUCUUCACAAUAUUUCCAUUAUGUUUAGGAGUAUCAUUAGACUCCAGAGUCAGUUUGGAAAUCUCCUUUCUCUCAAUAAAGUGUGCCCAAGAAAUCGGCACGUCAAAUGUACUUUGAAAUACUCCACAGCCACAGCAGAGAGAAAGAAAUUUUAUCAGGAUGUCAGCAUAUCCCAAGGCGAAGGUGGUUUAUAUGAGAUAAACCUUGACCAAAGGAAACUCAAAACUCCAGGAGGGAAGCUCUUCACAGUGCCAAAUGAAGCCCUGGCCAUUGCCGUGGCAACAGAGUGGGAUGCUCAAAGGGAAACACUCAAGUUCUACACUAUGCACCUGACCACACUGUGCAACACAGCUCUGGAUAAUCCCACCCACCGUAACAAGGAGCAAAUGAUCAACGCUGCUCUAAAGUUUCUGGAGACUGACACCAUCUGUUACAGAGUAGAGGAGCCUGAGGGCUUGGUUGAGCUGCAGAAGAAUGAGUGGGAUCCUGUGCUGCACUGGAUUGAAAACAGAUAUAAUGUCACUAUUGGCUCCUCAUCCAAUAUUAUGGGUCCAGAGAUUCCAGAGGCGACCAAAGACAUCUUUCGGCAACACCUCAACUCUUAUAACUUCUGGUCCCUGACAGGGCUGGAGUAUGUGAUCACCCAGCUGAAGUCUGUUGUGCUGUCCCUGGGGAUGAUUGACAGACAUCUCAGUGUGGAACAGGCUGUGCUGCUCUCCAGGCUGGAGGAGGAAUACCAGAUUCGGACCUGGGGAAACGUGGAGUGGGCCCAUGAUUAUGACAUGUAUGAGCUGAGGGCGCGGACUGCUGCUGGGACACUUUUCGUUCAUCUCUCAUCCGAGAGUUCGACUGUCAAACGCAAGCUUCUGCAGGACUGAGACGCACAAGGGACAUCAAAGAGUCCAAAAAUAACGCUUCCAAAAAAGCCACCCCGGCCGCCUCAGUCGUAAAAAUCUUUGUAUUGCUACAAACACCACGUAUCCUGUUCGUUGUAUUUAGCGCUGACAGCUGCUCUGUGACAGUGAUCUGCUAAAGAGUCAUCACCCGCCACCAAAACACACUGGCUGCCUGUCCUGCAGUGUUUACAUGUGGCAGCUGCCAAGUGUGACACUCCUCAGAGUUUCCAGACGGUUCUCGGUCUUCUGUGACAUUUUGGACAGUGCCGCAUGGCUUCAAAAGAACAGUGAAUGAUGUUGUUGUCUGCGCGGCGGUGGAAUGUUAAUUCCAUUUUUUUGUUGCCAGUAACAUCUAAAUACUGUGUGUGGUGUUUGGUGUCGGGACACUGCACACGGAAAAUAUUCACUUGCAUUAAGUGACACAUUCUGCGUGCUGAAUAUUUUCAUGUAAUUGAGACUGUGAUCAUACAUGUUGUUUGUAUUAUGUUUGUUUUUUUUUUUCUUUUGGUAACGAAGAAUUAGACUUAGGGUUUAGCAGAAAGCGUUAUCUCAUCUGCACAUAGCAGACUCUGGAAAAAGUUUAGCAGAGUAGUGGACUGUCUUCAUCCAUUGGUUAUUUACAUGCACAGAGCUGAUAAUUGUGUUGGUUUUGCAGUAGUUACAUGCACCAAGAUGAUGAAAUAAAAUACAGAUUUUAACAAGAA